CUCUCAUCUUCAUCAUUUGUUUCACAAUCCUCAAACCUAACCCUAAUUUCCCUCUUUCUCAACGCGAUUCCAAUCGCUCUUACAAUCUCUUCGAUUAUCAAUCACCGAUCUUCGAUUAUCAAUUUUCACUGUUCUCCAAUGCUCUGUUUCGUGAAAGAGGAAGAGAUGUUCGCGAUUCUCCGUUGAAGAAGAAGAAGAUCCAUCCUUCCAUCGCCGCCGCCGCCGAUCAGAGAAAUCGCUUCGGAUCCGGAUGCACAGUCACCUUCGGAUCGGGUUUUAUUGCUGAAGGAACAAAACCCCUUUGUUCCCCGUUCGAUUUGCGUUUACUGUUGCUGUUGCUGAUUUCAGAGGGCUUUGCUUCGCUGGAUUGGGAUUCGUCUGAUUUGAGGAUCCACUCAAUCUGAUUUGUGAUCUGUAUUCUCUGGGUCCUGUGCAUGUGCGUGCUGUGGUUUUGCUUCGAAGACGAAGAUUCGGUUGAAGAAGGAUUCGAGAAGUGAUCUACUCAUCGUUGCUGUGGUGGUGGUUCGAUUUGUUUGAUCUAAACCCUAGUAAUCUGUCUGCAAGUGGAGGGAAAAAAAGAAGAAAAGAAAAAAGAUUAGAUCUUGGAUUUGUUGUACUGUUUGAUUUGUUUUUUGAGUUUUUCAAUCAAUAUAGGGCCUUUUGAUUGGUUCCUAGUUUUGAAUUUCAAAGGCCCUUUUUGAUUUUGAUUAUUAUCAUCUUGUUCUUGUGUUAUACUACUGCUUUGGUGUUAAUCUUUUUUCAUAGAGAGAAAUAUACCAUGGCGGUGUAUUAUAAAUUUAAGAGUGCAAGAGAUUAUGAUUCAAUUCCCAUGGACGGUCCUUUCAUCUCUGUUGGUACUUUGAAAGAAAAAAUAUUUGAAUCCAAGCAUUUAGGAAGAGGAACUGAUUUCGACCUUGUGGUCACCAACGCCCAGACCAAUGAAGAGUAUCUUGAUGAAGAAAUGUUGAUUCCUAAAAAUACCUCAGUCUUAAUUCGUCGAGUUCCAGGACGGCCACGUUUACCGAUUGUUACUGAGCAAGAACCAAAGGUGGAAAACAUGGUGGUGGAAACUGAACCUGAAAACAGUAGCUUACCAGCUUAUAAUCCAACUGGGAUGAAUUAUCCUGAAGAUUCAGAAUGGGAUGAAUUUGGCAAUGAUUUGUAUACUAUACCUGAUCAACUGCCUGUUCAAACAAGCAACUUAACUCCAGAGGCUCCUCCUCCUACUAACCAAGCUGAUGAAGAAAGUAAGAUUAAGGCCUUGAUUGAUACUCCAGCGUUGGAUUGGCAACGUCAAGGUUCUGACUUUGGCUCUGGUAGAGGUUUUGGAAGGGGAGGUGGACGGAUGGGGGGUGGACGUGGUUUUGGCUUGGAGCGGAAAACACCUCCACAAGGCUAUAUAUGUCACAGAUGCAAGGUGGCUGGACAUUUUAUUCAGCACUGCCCUACAAAUGGUGAUCCAAAUUUUGACAUCAAACGAGUCAAACAACCUACUGGUAUUCCAAGGUCGAUGCUGAUGGCAAAUCCACAUGGCUCCUAUGUUUUACCAAAUGGUUCAGCAGCUGUCUUGAACCCAAAUGAAGCUGCUUUUGAGAAAGAAAUAGAAGGGAUGCCAUCAACACGUUCGGUUGGGGAUCUACCACCUGAGCUCCACUGCCCCUUGUGUAAUAAUGUCAUGAAAGAUGCUGUACUGACAAGCAAGUGCUGUUUUAAAAGCUUCUGUGACAAAUGUAUUAGGGACUAUAUUAUCUCCAAAUCUGUGUGCGUAUGUGGCGCGACAAAUGUUCUUGCAGAUGAUCUUUUACCUAAUAAGACGCUAAGAGAUGCCAUCAAUCGCAUAUUGGAGUCAGGCAAUAGCAGUACUGAGAAUGCUGGUAGCACGUUUCAAGCUCAAGAUAUGGAGUCUGCUCGCUGUCCACAGCCUAGGCUUCCAUCUCCAACCUCAUCAGCUGCGUCUAAGGGAGAACUAAAGAUUACACCUGUUAAUGAAGAAACGUCAAAUAUACAGGAUAUUGCAGAUGAGACAAAGGCUGUUUCUGCUCCACAGCAGACAUCCGAGCAAGUAAGGAUCCCCAGAGUUGCUGAUGUAUCUGAAGCUACUCAUGAGUCAAUAAGUGUGAAGGAACCAGCCUCACAAGGGAGUGCUCAGCAAGUUGAGGAAGAAGUGCAGCAAAAGUUGGUUCCUACUGAGGCAGGUAAUGUAGGGAAGAAAAAGAAAAAGAAGAAAGUCCGUAUGCCUACAAAUGAUUUGCAGUGGAAAAACCCACAUGAGCUUGGAGCGGAGAACUAUAUGAUGCAAAUGGGUCCACCCCCUGGCUAUAAUCCGUACUGGAAUGGCAUGCAACCUUGUAUGGAUGGAUUUAUGGCACCGUAUGCUGGUCCAAUGCAAAUGUUGGGUUACGGUCAAGACCCAUUUGGCAUGCCAUUUGCAAAUGGUUUCCCUCAAGACCCAUUUGGCAUGCAAGGUUACAUGAUGCCUGGUUUUCCACCUCAUAGGGAUCUUGCUGACUUCAGCAUGGGGAUGAAUGUUCCACCCCCACCCCCAGUUAUGAGUAGAGAGGAGUUUGAAGCUAGAAAAGCUGAUCUGAGGAGGAAGCGUGAAAAUGAGAGACGGGGUGAAAGGGAUUUCUCCAAAGAACGUGAAUUUGGUCGGGAAGCAAGCAGUGUUGGGGAUGUUUCUUCGAUGAAACCAAAAACUCAGAAGCCAUUUCCACCGCCGCCAAGCAGCGAUUACCACCACCACCGCCACCGUUCGGAACGGCCGUCGCCAGAUCGCGAGGUGGAACCUCCACGCCCAGCCAAAAGAAAAUCUGAGCACAUCUCCGAUCGUCAACGCGAUGACAAGGAUCGGGAUCGCGACCAUGAGCGGCACCACCACCGCCAUCCCCGACCUGAGUCCUCCUCAUCCAGAAGGUCAUCCGAGCCAGUGACCAAAUCCUCAUCGAACUCGGCGGCAGCAGCGGCGGCCGCCGCAGAUCAGAAGCACAAGGCUAGCGUGUUCUCCCGCAUAAGCUUCCCUGCUGAGGAAGAAGCCGCGAAGAAGAGAAAGGUUACCGCUCCUUCCCCAACGGAAUCUUCAGCUGUUGGCUCCACCGCUGCCAGUGCAUCGGCGAACGGUUAUUAUCAAGGGAGGAAGAGCAGUAAGGUGGUUCCGGAUUAUGAAUCUAGCGACGAUGAGCGGCAUUUCAAACGGCGGCCGUCGAGGUACGAGCCGUCUCCUCCGCCGCCGGCCGCCGAUUGGGAGGAGGAAGGAGGAAGACAUUCGAGAGGAUCGAGGGAACGCAAGCAUAGAUAAUCGUGCUGUGCUGAGAUCAAAGGUGAUUGGAUUGCUCUGUGUGAUCAUCACCGACAAUGGUUGAGUCAACUCAACUCUGCUACAAUGCUUGGAAAUUGAAAUAAUCUUUGGAAGAAUUUUUCAGUGUAACUUGUUCUGAUUGAUUUUUCAAUAAUUUUCGCACUUGUAAAAUUAUGACUCUUUUUAUUCAGAUCCAAUGAAUCUGUUUAUGUUUUGCUUCGAA